AGAGACGCCCCACUUUUACAGCUCAAUGUUGCGAUUCAGUGUUUGGAUGUGCAGAGAAAAGUUGGCAGAGUUGCCAACGGUGUCAGGGGCAAAAGGAUUUAGAGGUGCCAGACUUUGUACUGUCAAAGGAGGGUGGGGGGAAAUUUCUUUUACCACACUGGAAUGGUGUGCGUAAAAGGCGCAAAACACGGAACUUCAAAACGGAAUUAUGGCUCAUUUAUCCAAACAAAAUCAGUUUGUAGCAGUCUACAACUAACUUUACCUUUUUAAAGAGUGAUGGAAGUUGACAACUGCGUCGAAAACCAACUACAUUCAUGUCCGAGGGAUUUUGUUAAACCAAUGAGUUUAGUCAUGGAUGACCAUGGAUCCCAGCCCCAUCCACGGAGCUCUGGUCUGAGGGUGUCGACCAAAAGCAAAGCACCAUCCCCGCCAGGUCUAAAAAGGCUGGAUUCCCCAGGUUUGUCCCAGUGGUACCCAGGAAACCCUCAUUUAACCAUGGACCAGAAGGAGAACCGUAUUGAUAAGGACCUCUCUCUGGUUGUGGUUCUGCCAGACGGAGUAGAAGAAAUGACCACAGUCCAUGGAAGCAAACCUCUAAUGGAUCUAUUGGUGACGCUUUGUGCAAAGUAUCACUUGAACCCAUCAAGCCACACCUUAGAAUUGGUCACCCCCAACAAGAACAACAGCAAACUCAAGCCCAAUGCUCUCAUUGGAACUUUAAAUGCAGAGAAGAUCAUACUUAAACCUAAAGGGGAGGAUAAAAACAAGAAGACAGGUCCUCAGAUGCCUGAGGCCACUGUACGGAUGGUGAUAAACUACAGAGGGACCCAGAAAACUAUACUAAGAGUCAGUCCUCAAGUUCCUCUGGCUAAACACUUACCAGCCAUCUGUGAGAAAUGUGAAUUUGACAUGGAGACCACAGUUCUAUUCAGAGAUGUCCAAUCACUGGCCCCUUUGAACUUGUCCAGUUCUCUUAAUGAUUAUGCAAUAAGGGAGGUUUAUGCAAAAGAUACUAAAGGACAACCUGCUUCUCCUGUGUGUCCAGCCUCACCAACACAUGCAGGAACAGUAACGCCGGGCAAAGAUAAAAAUCAGAAAGAGAAAGAAAACAAAGGCCUUUUCAGCAAGUUUAGAAAAAGCAAGAAAAAAUCUGACCAGGCAACGACAGCCAGUGCCCCAGCUUCUCCUGUACUUGUGAGCAAGCCUCGACCUCUCAGCAUGGCCUUACCUAGUUCAAACUCGUCUCCGCUUAGCCCCCGAACACUAUCCACCGAUGUGCCAAAGAAGAGACGUGCACCCCAGCCCCCGAUCCUCGUGUCUCAGAGCUGCCCCUCGGACCUCAGCUCUCGACGGAGACUCCACUCUGAACCUACUGCCCAACUGGACAGUGACCACAUGGCUGGUUUAAGUCGUGGGUCCUCUGCGGAGUCUUCACUGAAGAGAACCAAACGCAAAGCUCCUCCCCCACCCACAUCCCCGAGUGCUGUUGUCCCAGAAACAGAUCCUUUCAAUGAAAAUGUGCAAGGGGGUGCUGCUGCUAACACACUGGAAGAGAUUAUGGAGCAAGAGGAGACCACUGCGUCUGUAAUUUCUGUGACUGCUAGUGAUACCCAGGGAGAGGACAGCAGCCUCAACAUGUCUGCUGAUAUUUCAUUCCAUUCCCCAUCACCAGAGACUGACAUACUGAGCACAAUGUCCAUGGAGGGAAACGGGGAAGAUCAGUCUUGUGAUCUGUCCUCAGAUGGCAAACAACUGCAGAGCACAGUGAAUGAUUCUGCAUCUCUGAGUGAUAUAAGGACAACUGAUGGCACAGACUCAUCUAAACUUGCAGAUACGAAUAGUGCUCAAUGCCUAGUUGAAAAUGAAAGCAAACACCCAAUCUGUGGAGAGUCUACACCCCAAAGUUUCGAAGGUGACUACAGUACUGUACUCAACAUCCUCCCUCCGCCUGUGAUGCAAGAUGCAGAAGCCCAGGCCUCGCUUCAGGCAAACACUACAACCCUCUGGGAGCAGCCUGACAGGUUGAUGAGCCUGGUGGCCACCAGCACAUCACGCCCCACUGGAGAGGAUGCUCAAGUGCAAACAGAUUUCACACCACUACCUUUGCCUCCACAACAACACAUCGACAAAGCCACUCCCUUAGCUAAUGCGCCUGCCUAUGAAUCAUUGGGAAAUAAAGACACAGCCACUGCAACUGAGAAAGUGGACCCGCCUGAUCUCAGACAUGCCUUGUCCAACACCUCGGAGACCUUAUCAUGCCAAGACUCAACAUCAGGUGCUCUUGCCACAACAAAGGCACCAUCUAUUUAUGCCACAAACUCUGAGCCAAAGCCCAAGCCUUCCAACGAGCUGACAAGGGACUACAUCCCUAAGGUGGGGAUGACAACGUAUACUAUUGUGCCUCAGAAAUCUCUGGAGAAACUGAGAUAUUUUGAAGUUGCACUGACAUUGGAGCUGCCUCCUGAAGCUCCAGAAGAGGGCCUUAAUAUUGGUUCUCUUCAGUUGGAGGAAAGCACAGCACCGAGGGGACAGCCGGAGGUCUCAAAGGAAAAAAGUGAGCUGCACUCUACUACACCCAGGGAAGAUUUACUGACUAGCACUGCUACUACUCAUAACACUGUUAAUGGAAGUAUACCUGAAUCCAUUGAUUCCUCAUCACCAACAUGUUUACCUAAAGUAGAUGACAAGAUCUCAUCCUCGACUAAUGGGACAUCUGAAGCAGGUUCACCAGCAGAGGUCAAGGAGAUGAAAAUUCCACCCGCAACUAAACCUAAGCCUGGUUCUUUCCGCUUGGCUCAGCACAGAAAAACACCUGGGUAUUAUGUAACCUCAGCAGCAGAAAAGAAUCUCAUCGCAAGUCCUAGUUCUGGCCAGAGGGAGGCUCAGGGAAGUGCAGAGAGAGCAAAGUUACCACCCCCUCCUCUACCACCUCCUAUGCAAUGUCAAGAGGAGACAACAGCGGCCGCUAAUUUUGAGCUGAGCCCUAAAAGGGAGGAUAAGAAUGCAGCCAUCAUGCGAAUGAGUAGGCAAAGUAGCGUGCCAUCUAAAGAGCCAAUCACAGGGUUAAGCUUGGAAAAAUUAAGGAGUUUUGCAGCCCCUAGGCCCUAUUCUCCUGCUACCCCAUCGCGUUUCGCCCAGGCCGUGUCCUCUGCUGUGAAAAGAAGCCAGUCCCUAUCCCAUUGGCCCAAGUCCCCCAGUUCGCCUGUUUCACCACCCUUCUUCCCAAUCAAAAGUCGCUCUUCAGUCAUAGAGGUAGAAGGAUUGUCUGAGCACAAGGAUGGUGCAAUUAGAAAGGAUGGUGACAAAGGCUCCACUCUGCAGGGAGAAGAGGGUGAACCACCAUCUUUUUGUGGGAUUGUUCAAAUGGAAGGAGAGAGCAGUCCAUAGCAGUGCCUUAAUUCUUCUGAUGAAACAUCUACUGUUAGGAACACAUGCCUGUCUACUUUGAGCUCUCCAGAGUUCAUCACAUGACACAUAGUCUUUUAUUUGACCUCUUUUAGUAGUCUCCAGCAUUGUACAUAAAAUGAUGUGUUUUGAUAAUUAAUAAUUGCUGUACUUUGUUUUUUUCUCACAUCAUUAAGUACCCCAAUAUUCCUGACGCUGACCUACAUAUUUUAAUGCUUCUCUUUUACUUUGUGUGAUACUAUCUUGCAUUUAAUGCAUUAGCCUACUGGUGCGAGUGAACAAGAAUGGUAAAUGGGAACAAUUCUAUAAAUUAUUGGAAAAUGUAUUAUCAAAAUAAUACUGGAUUUGUAGGACAAACCUGACGUAUGGUACUUAGAUGCUCCUUUGAUUAUACAGCAAAUCUAUAUUUAAGUAUUGCAGAGUUUUGAUUAAACUAUAUGCAGAAAUACACUGAUGUGCACAUCACAUAUGUAGUUUUUGUCAAUCAGUGUUGUUAUGAAUAAAGUUUUUAUCAUUUCA